GAUUUAUUUCCCCAUCUUGUAACACGUUAAAAAAAAGCUCUUAAAGCGAUCAGCCUAUCACAUGUUCAUUGUCUAGUCUUAAUAUAUUAUUCCCUUUUUCUAAAUUUGAACAUGCAGCAUUGUAUCUAUAAUAUUUUUUAUGGUAAAAAUCAAUGGACAGCUCACAAUGAAAAUCCAUGAUGAUGCACCCUUAGCGAAGAUCAUGCAUGGUCCGAUCAGUAAACGUCUAUCCUUCACGCCGCGUUUGUAAAUAAUGACUCAUCAUAUCAUAUUCUCAUAAUAACUCCAACGCCGAAUCGUACUUUGUUUCAAAUAGUUUACAUCAUACUCGUUAAUGAUCUCAAUUAACUGGUAUCGGUCGAGGUAAAAUUGAAAAAGGUUGAGCUCGAGGCUGCUUUAGAGACACUAUCAUUGCUCUUACAUCAAACUGUUCCCAUUCUCCUUUUGUUAGCUUUAAUUUUCAUCUUUAAUUAUCUUGGCCUAUUUUUCCUUCUCUCUCCUCAAAGGGAGUUCGAUUGUUUUGAAGUUAUUCGUGAGGUUUGGUCAACUUUUUGUGGCUGAAACAAAACCAAAUAAGAAAUGAUAAUUUUAAGAAAAUAAGAAAUUAGAGAGGAAAGUAGUGUGUUUCAAAAAAAAAAAAAAGAGAGGAAAGUAGUGUACGUGCACCAACUUAAUGCUCAUGCUUUAAAAUUUAUUAUAGCUAGAGACGCACAUAAAACUAUUGUUUAGCAUUUUACUUUAGUUGAUGCAUUGCAUCAAAAUCUAAAUUAUUGGCAUCUGAAUUACUAUCUCUUAUAUGAAACGCUUUUAUUUUUAUUCUGUGCGGAUGGAUGUGAUAUUAGUAAAGGUGUUGCAUUGCGUUAACAUAUCUAAAGCAGCCAAUCAUGUUUUUCUUAAUGAUGGAAAUGAAUGUUAAUGACCCAAAGGCAAACAUGACAUGUUUACAUGCUUUUGGCUCCCAAUCAUUCCCUUCAUUUUAAAAGACUGGACAAUAUCAUUCUAACAAAGACACUCUCGAGUUUCUUUCUACUUGCUUUAUUAUAGACUAUUCUUCUCAACCAAGCUAUGUAGUUAUAAGGUGAAUAGAAAUGUAAGAAGUAAAAUUUUGUCUACGGUUUUCACCAACACGAUAACCAACCACUUGAUUGAUUUGUUUAUUUUUCAGUGGCAAUAUAAAGUAAACGAUAUGAUAUCAAUUUUCAUAGAGGAGAACCGGAACCCAAAUAUGAUAUUUGAAAUGUCUACGAUGUAUCGUGCUAUGGUACAAUUUCUCAAGUAGUCUGUAUAUACCAUACGAACCAAACUCAUAUGUAUAUGUAGCUACGUUUUUGUUAUAUAUUGAAUAUACUGGCAUUUGGCCUAAAUCAAAGUUCAAAAUGUUAAUUAGCAAAUUAGUGUGGAUAAGUUUAAGAAAAUCAAACCAUAAAUCUUCAAAAGAAAAUAUCGGGUUUCAAUAUUAUUUAAAGAACGUGCUCUUGGAGUUUGGAUGUUGGAACCUAAGUACUCAAUGCAUAUAUAUAUAUAUAUAAAGAACAUGCUUGUCUACUUCUUUUGGAAAUCAUUAUUGCAAAAUGCUUAAGACUUAUGAGAAAUUAUAUAUAUAUAUAUAUAUAUAACAAUUAGCCAAAUUGUUAAAUAUUUAGGAAAGGACAAUGUACACCUUUGGUAUAUUCACGAGAAAUCAAACAACAACUCAUACGUACCAAAAUUUAUUUGACAAAUUGGAAACCAAAGGAGAGGUUAGUUUCUUUUUUGACACGGUGGAUUGAAAUAAAUUAAUGUUUAUUUGCUGAGUAUUCAAAAAAUGUGGUAGAAGAGGUAUAUCUGGGCUAGAGAGAAUAUCAGAAUAACAAUAAAGAAAGCAAAAAUCUUUGAGAACAUCAAGAUUUAAAGUUUUCAGUUUCUAUCUUAAAAACAUCAAUUUUCAUCUUUCAAACCAAAUCCAAGUUUACAAAUCUUUCCUCGCUUUACUCUAAAAUACAGCUUUCACAUAUCGAUAAAGCUACAUCAAAAUCUUUCUCUCUUUAAAUAACAUUGAACCCUUUAGUAUGUAAAAUUCCUCACAAACCCUAAUAAAAAGUAAACAAACAUCAUUCCAUGAUAACAUCACUACCCAGUGGCCAGUAUUUAUACCACCUUAUGUGUAAGCCCACAUGCCCCAAAAACUUAACUAAUUUAAGCUUCGUAUACUCCAUAUCACAUUUAUUUUGGGGGAGUGAGUUGAUUCAUUAAGUCUUGGAUUUUGGGGGCUCUGAGUUUUCCUGAGAGAAGUCAUUAUGUCUUUAAUGGGGUUUGUUGGAAAGAUGUGUCAGUGACAUGAAGAAGACGAACAACAACAAUAAGCUUGCAAUAAAUGUUUGGCCUUCACCAAACACCACACACAAAUAGCGUUUUUCAUACCCUUCAAAAAAAAGUCACUACAGUGAAAACGAGGAGAUUCCUCAGCCAUUACAAUGUCUUCUUAUUUGAUCUUCACUUUCAUCAUCUUACUCUGCCUCCUCUCUUCUUCCUUCUCCUCCUCUGCUUCUCUACAUAACGCCACAAACGAAAGUGUGACUUUCCGGCCUCAACAUGAGAUACAGAAGCUGAAACUCAUCAGAGAACACCUCCAAAAGAUCAAUAAACCCGCCAUUAAGACCAUUCAGAGCUCAGAUGGAGAUAUAAUAGAUUGUGUUCCAUCUCAUCACCAGCCAGCUUUUGAUCAUCCCUUGUUACAAGGACAAAGACCAAUGGAUCCACCAGAGAUGCCCAAAGGGCAGAGCCAAGAAAAUGAAUCCCAUGAAGAUUUUCAGCUUUGGAGUUUAACCGGUGAGUUUUGUCCAGAAGGUACGAUUCCGAUCAGAAGAACAACGGAGCAAGACAUGUUCAGAGCAAGUUCUGUCCUUAAAUUUGGUCGCAAAAUAAGGCGCGUGAGAAGGGACUCGAGUAGUAACGGCCACGAGCAUGCGGUGGGAUACGUAUCGGGAAGUAAAUACUACGGAGCAAAAGCGAAUGUAAAUGUGUGGACGCCACAUGUAAGCAGCAAAUACGAGUUUAGUCUAUCUCAGAUUUGGGUCAUCGCCGGUUCUUUCGCCGACGAUCUUAAUACCAUCGAAGCUGGUUGGCAGGUUAGCCCGGAGCUGUACGGAGACACUAACCCAAGAUUCUUCACCUAUUGGACGUCGGAUGCGUACCAGGCAACAGGAUGCUAUAACUUAUUGUGUUCUGGUUUCAUUCAGACAAACAAUCGAAUUGCGAUCGGAGCUGCUAUUUCUCCGGUUUCGUCAUAUAAAGGUGGACAAUUCGAUAUAAGUCUACUGAUAUGGAAGGACCCAAAACACGGACACUGGUGGCUCCAAUUCGGCUCAGGUACACUAGUUGGGUAUUGGCCCGUAUCUUUGUUCACACACCUGAUGGAGCAUGGGAACAUGGUCCAAUUCGGUGGGGAGAUCGUGAACACACAACCUGAUGGUUCACAUACUUCGACUCAGAUGGGAAGUGGCCAUUUUGCCGGUGAAGGUUUUGGAAAAGCAUCGUACUUUAGGAAUCUUGAGGUGGUAGAUUGGGACAAUACACUUAUACCGAUAUCUAAUCUUAGAGUUCUUGCGGAUCAUCCUAAUUGUUAUGACAUAAGAGGGGGAGUAAACCGGGUUUGGGGUAACUAUUUUUAUUAUGGAGGACCUGGUAAAAACUCGAAAUGCCCAUAAAGAAAACAAAAAAAAGAAGUAAAUUGUGUGUUUACACUUUUCAGCAUACGUAGAUGAGAUUUUUUGGGGAUUGAGGGCUCGGGACAAAGAUCCGGAGAUUUUUUUUAAAAAAAUAUGUGUUUCAAAAGAAAUGUACCGAUUGAUUAAUGUUAUCAAGUGUGAAUUGUUACAUUAACAUGAACGUGAAUUUUACGCAUAGC